AUGCCCCAUGCAGGUGGCCGCUGGGCGAGUGCCAUCUUCCAUGCAGGUGCCUCUUUGCGGGCCAGCCGCCAAUCUCUAGAUCCCCCCUUUCCUGGACGCUACCUCACCCCCACCGCACCCAAAGGCACACACACACUCACCGUCCCGUCCCGCAGGAAGGGGGUUCAGACUCUUUGCUAUAACUUCAGCAUCAUGUUUAAGUCCUCACCUGGACAGCCAUGGUGUGAGGUUCAAAGCCAAGUUGAUGAAAACCUUCUCUGUCAUUUUGACUGUGAGAACAACAAGGUCAUGAAGGCGAGCCUCCUCGGGAAGAAGUUAAACACCAUGAAGGAAUGGGAGGAACAACUACAAACUCUGAGAGACAUUGGGGUAGAGCUGAGGCAGCGAGUGCCUGACAUUGAACUGGAAAACUACAGUCCCAGUGCCCCUGUCACCCUGCAGGCCAAGAUGUGCUGUCAGCUGGACACAGGAGGCAGCACCACAUCUUCCUGGCUGUUUGGCUUUGAUGGACAGCUGUUCCUCCUUUUUAACCCUGAAACCAUGAAGUGGAUACAGAUUCAUCCUGGAGCCAGACUGAUGAAGAAGGCCUGGGAGAGGGACGGGGAUCUGAUCGCGUUGCUGAAGAGAACCUCGAGGGGAGACUGCAGGGUGUGGCUGAAGCCCUGGGUGGAAGAGCUGCAGCCACCAGUGUAG